AUGGGAUACCUCGAGGCAGUUACUCUACUGGUUGCAGGUGCCAUCGCGUUCGGUAUGGGUACAUAUGUUUUCAUCAACGUUGUGAAAGAUCACAAGAGAGAGGAAAACGGCGAAAUGCGUUCAUUUUCUUACCCCAGUCUUCGUGCGGAAAACGACAACGCUCAACCUUCAGAUGCUGAUAACACCAACGACUUAUCAACUGACUCGUGGGCGAAUAACGAAGCGAGAAUGUUGGUGAAACCUUCCGUGGUGAAGAAACUCUACCAUGAGCUCUUCCCCAAAGUCAAGCUGAGGUUUUCAAACAGUUAA